AUGUUUCCCACUCGCGUCUUGCUGAAACGGUCAGCGUGGAAAGGCGCCGUUGUUGAUCUCAGUCCUAAUGAUAAUCACAGUCUUCCGCUACCAAAGACCAUUCCUCCUCCUCCGGGCACACCCGCCAUCCGCACCCAGGCUAGAGCAGCCACCAUUCUGCCUAAUUUUGUUGGGUUACGAUUCGCAGUUCACAACGGGAAGCUAUACCAGGAAGUUUUAAUCACUGAGGAAAUGGUUGGAAGAAAACUAGGGGAAUUUGCGCCAACGAGAAAACGAUUCACUUACCAACAUUCGAAAAAUAAGUAA